AUUUUUUUUUAAGAGACCCUCAUGAGGGAAGCAAGAAGCAACCUUCAUAUGACCUACUGUCAGCAUGCUGCUUUACUAAAUUGCCAUCCUCCUCCUUUUGAAAUCAAAUGUCACGUCGACUCAAGGACGGUGGUAGAAGCAGGUGGGGAGCUGCAGCGUGCUGAUCCCGUUAAAUGUACCCUUAAGGCUGGAAGAAAGCCUAAAACCAAAUCACACCUGGCCAAGAAGCAUCCUCUGUCAAAGCCCCAAGUACCUCCUAAACCUGUUCAUCUCCAACCUGCUGGGCAAGAGAAGAUACCCCCAGCGCCAUCAAGGCCUUUACCAGCAGAUCCCAAGUCUUCAAGAAGUCUAGUGCCUGAAGAAGUAAUACAGACCUCAGCAGACAUUAGCAAACUCAUUGAAAAAUUUGAAAGUAUUAGACGGCCAAUCCAUGUUGUUCAAAGAAACCAGAUUAACAUAGCUUUUAAGAUGGAACCUGAAACAGACUCUUCUAAACAGGGCUGCCCCAGCGUCUCUGAUGUUGCAGGAUCCAGCGCUUCUUCGACAAACGGAAACAAAGAGUUAGAUGAGACUGAGACUGACAUCAUGUGUAGCACUGAACUGUCUAGUGCGGACAUAAUGAAAAUUAAGGAACUAAAUAUAGAUGAUACCACAAGCACAGAGGACUGUACUGCUAUGAACGUCAGCAGAGCACCUACGGAAGAGCUCAGCCAUAAGGACCCCUCUGUGGAACUGAACGGAAAUGGAAAAAUUCCCAAUAGGGACAGUGGAAUUGAUAGCCCUUCUUGCAGUGUGGCAGGAGAGACGUUUCUAAAUGAAGAUGGUGAACAGAAAAAAGCAGCAGUGACUGGGAAUCCAACAGCGGAGAUGGAAACAGACAAAAAGGGGGUCAGGCUUUCUGCCAGAGAGCAGAAAAGAGACUCUGCUCAGGAUGAGGAUAGUGAUAUAGACGAAGGAAGCAGUGAAGAACAAGAAGCAGCCGAGGCACUAAAGCUGGAAUCUGUAGAUGUUAGCAAGUGUUCAGAGCCACAAAAGCUGUUUAACAUUGCAAAUGAACUUCUACAUACAGAAGAAGCAUACGUUGGAAGGCUUCAUCUUCUAGAUCAAGUGUUUUGCACCAGAUUGAAUGAGGCGGGGAUUCCAUCUGAAGUGAUAACAGGAAUAUUUUCAAACAUUUCUUCCAUUUAUCGCUUCCAUGAACAGUUUCUCCUGCCUGAGCUCAAGACAAGGAUUAUGGAAGAGUGGAAUACAAAUCCAAGGCUAGGGGAUAUCCUUCAGAAACUUGCUCCAUUUCUAAAGAUGUAUGGAGAAUAUGUAAAGAAUUUUGACAGAGCAAUGGAUUUGGUGAACACAUGGAUGCAGAGGUCAUCUCCUUUUAAGGAUAUCAUUCAGAAUGUACAGAAACAAGAAAUAUGUGGGAAUCUGACAUUACAGCAUCACAUGCUGGAACCUGUGCAGAGAAUUCCACGCUAUGAACUUCUCCUGAAGGAUUAUCUUAAAAAACUUCCUGGAGAGUCUCCAGACAGGAAAGAUGCUGAAAAAUCACUGGAGCUCAUUUCCACAGCAGCAAACCAUUCAAAUGCAGCCAUCCGAAAGAUGGAAAAAAUGCACAAGCUGUUAGAAGUGUAUGAGCGGCUUGGGGGAGAAGAGGAUAUUGUUAAUCCAGCCAAUGAGUUGAUUAAAGAGGGGCACAUUCAGAAGCUAUCAGCAAAGAAUGGCACAGCUCAAGAUAGGUAUCUAUUUCUGUUUAACAGCAUGGUAUUGUACUGUGUGCCAAAACUGAGACUGAUAGGGCAGAAAUUCAGUGUUCGAGAGAAAAUCGAUAUUGCAGGAUUACAGGUCCAGGAAAUUGUCAAGCAAAAUGUGGCCCAUACAUUCUCAAUAACAGGAAAAAAGAGAUCCUUGGAACUGCAAGCUAGGACAGAAGAAGAGAAGAAAGAGUGGAUUCAGGUCAUUCAAGCAACAAUUGAAAAACAUAAACAGAACAGUGAAACAUUUAGGGCUUUUAAUACUUCUUUCUCUCAAGAAGAUGAACAUCUCCCAGACUCAUCAAUAGCAAGCACCAGUUCUGUGGAAUCUAUGCCAGGGACAGAUGGGAUCAGUACAUCUGGAGGGCCCGAGUGUUGCAGAAAGUCUUCCAAAUCAAAGAGAGAAAAGGAGAAGCAAGCUUGCAAAAGUUGCAGUGAAAGUUUUAACUCUAUUACAAAAAGAAAGCAUCAUUGCAAGCAAUGUGGAGCAGUUAUCUGUGCAAAAUGCUCUGAAUUUAAAACACUUGCUGAUAACAGCCGCCAGAACCGAGUGUGUAAAGACUGUUUUCAUCUGCUGUCAGCAACGCUUGGCAAUGAAGGUUCAGGAGAACAAAAGAAGAAGUUCACCACUGAGAAACAAAGCAUUUGUGGAGAAGAAAACAGUAUUUUCAGCAGCUACCUCUUAUUCCAAGAGAAAGGAAAAACUUGGUGUAAAGUAUGGGUCACCAUUCCAAAAACUGAACCUCUUGUCUUAUAUCUACAAGGAGGAAAUCAGGAUGGACGGAUUCCACGCAGCAUACCCUUACCAGGCUAUGAAGUUGACUUGCCACAAUCGGGUGAGAAGUUUGAAACAAAAUAUGUUUUCAAACUCUGCCAGUCGCAGCAGACUGUGUACUUCAGUGCUGAGGAUGAAGAGUUGCAAACAAAAUGGAUGGAAGUUCUCGCCAAAGCAGCUAAAGGAGAGGUUCACAAUGUGAGCGAAGAAGCCACUAAUCCCUAACGUCUUUUCAUGUUGUCCAAACUAUUCCAGGAAGGGGAAAAAUCAUCUGAACUUGGUAGUCAUGGCACUUUGGAAAUCUCCAUGGCUUUCUACUUCUGUGUGUCCAUGUAGGAAUCUCAGUGGUUUCUAUUUGACUCUCUCUUUUGAUUCUACAUUCAUAAUGUGCAGUACUGAUUAUCCAGGUUAUAUCAUGUUCGAUGGAAUAAGUAGGUGUUGUUAAUGGUGUUUAUGUUGAUAUUAAUGGCAAAGGUGAAAAAAAGAGGAGGAGAAAGCAUUAAUUUAAUCACAGGUAAUUAGAAAACCA